GAUUAUAUUGAGCCAGCAAAAAGUCGGUGCAUACGCAUCAUAGAGACCGCGUGUCAGCGCUACAGGUGAACGCGCGGCAGCGCAGGACCGUCCGUGGCCCGCGCAGCCGUUAAGGCCGAGCCGACACGCAGCGCAGCCGGCCCCAGCGCCGGGCCGAAUAAAACAACAACAAUGACGCGCACGCUCCUGUACGUGCUCCUCCUCGGCGCGACCGCGGCGCUACGUCAGAAAGGCCCCCUCGGCAUCAGCCGAGGCGGCAAGGGCUCCGUCGGCCUCGAGCAGCUCGAGGAGCUCGUCGACGUCGUCGAGAGCAGCACAACUCCGUUAGAGGACCCGCCGGACGACGACGACGAGGAUUUGAGACCGGACGAUGCCUGGCGCACGCUCGUGCAGGUCUGGAAAGGAAGACUAGAGCGAGGCGUGGAGGACGCACACCCGUCGCGCUCACGAUUUCUCUCUGAAUUAUCCGCAAAAAACGACAACUCCACAGCAAGGUUAUUACAACCGCAGCGCGCGGCAACGUUAUUGGGUACAGCAAGGAUGGCCUUCCGGCGGCGCAGUCUCGCUCCACACUUGAGGAGAUUGCCGCGGUGCUCCGCUGGUGUGCGACUGCGCUGCGAGGACGCGCCCCCGGCGGUCCACGAAGCGCUAGCUGUCGCCUUAGCGGACGCGUCGAACGCGCGCUGCGUCGUUGUCGAUGAGGCGCAAUUAAGGCGAGUCCGCAAGUUGGCCAUCGAGCGGUCGUCGGGCAAGCAGCGAGGCCCGUCGCGGGAACGGUUGGUCCGAGCCCUGCUAGCAGCUGCAAGGGAUUUAGAUGAGCCCACCGUCAUCAUCUUCCGGGACAAUGGUGGUUGUGUUUUUAGAAGCCGAGGGGCCUGUAGGGCUUGUCUCGACGACCUCAGGGACGAAAAGGCACGUACUCUACUCGUCUUCCUGGCGACCGACGACGACGCCCCUCGCGUACGUAGAAAACAACCGGCGCCGCAGCAGCGGCCGCUGCCGCCGCCGCCGUCGAUACGGGACGAGGGCUUCGACGCGGAAGCGACCACGGGCGGCAACGAGACGUCCUCCUUCGAAGGGGCUUUACGAGACCUGGCUCGCAGGGUCGCGGAACAAGCUAGACGCGCGGCGGACGAUGAAGACCUCGAUGGAAGAGGGCGCGAGUACCUCUCUGCAUUGGAAGAAGCUCUGUCUGACGAAGGUUUGGUGAAAGCUUUGGCGGACCAGUGCGCUCCAUUAUUAGAUGACCCGGGCGUCGCCGUGCACGUCGCCUUGAGCGUCGGACGGCCGGUGAACGCGGAAGGGCAACCAGAAGCUCCCCAGACGGCCCUCGAAGCGACGCUCGACGCGCGGCCGCCGUCCCAGCCGUCGGGGCCCUCCUUACGAGUGCCCGCGUCGCUCAUGCGGUGGAUGGGCCUGCGGCCGCGGGAAGAAACGACGCCUCCUCCCCAGAAGAAGAGCGACGACGAGGAUCCCGCCCAGGCCCUCGCCGAGGCCCUGGACGAUGUGGUCGUGGGAUCGCCCGUCGCCGCGGUCGCCGCAUCCGAGUGGGCGGCUUGGUUACGCGAAGAAGUACAACUAGCGACGCGCGACGCGAACGGCAAGCGACUUGCGGCGCACCUGCGACGGAGUGCGUUGGAUGCGGAUCUCCACAAACUAGGCCACCUGCUCGGGGCCAAGCUGCUGACGGACGAGGAUUGUAGAAUAGUUGCGCUCGACGCUCUCAAGGUCGAGUUAGCACGAAAAACGGAACCGCGCUACACCUCCGAUGUCCUCGAGCUCGCCCCGGCCUCGCUAGCCCUCGCGCUAUCAUCCAGUCCAAAGCAGGAAGAUCUGGAGACAGAACAACUAGAUAAACAUGAAAAAGCUUUAUUAUCGCAAGUGGUAAAACCGCAAGAUGUUGCUGUGGCCUUCGACUCGAUCGGUGGUUUAGAUGAUGCCAAAAAAGCUCUAAGGGAGGCCAUCACCUACCCCCUCAAGUACCCUUCACUCUACCAGGACGGCGUCGCGCGGGAAGCGUGCAAGGGCGUGCUGCUCUUCGGCCCUCCGGGCACCGGGAAGACCAUGCUCGCGAAAGCAGUGGCCACCGAGGGCGGCGCCGCCUUUUUAGCGAUCGACGCGUCGUCCAUCGAGAACAAGUGGCUCGGCGAGAGCGAGAAGAACGCGAAGGCCGUCUUUUCUUUGGCGCGGCGGCUGGCGCCUUGUGUGGUUUAUAUCGACGAAGUGGAUGCUGUUCUUAGUAGUAGAGAAGGCGGCGACGACACGUCGCACGGCACGCUGACUUCCGUCAAGACGACGCUCAUGCAGGAGUGGGAUGGAUUAAGGACGACGCAGGACCGCGUCGUCGUGAUCGGGUCGACGAACCGGCCCUACGACCUGGACGAGGCUGUUCUCAGAAGGAUGCCGCGGCGCAUACUCGUUGAUCUUCCGGAUCUACAAACUAGAGAAGAGAUCCUGCGAGUUACUUUGCGGGACAAUGCCGUCGACGACGACGUGGACCUGACGCGCCUCGCGAAGAAGUUAGAUGGGUAUUCCGGAAGCGACUGCAAGGAGAUCUGCCGCGAGGCGAUCGUGCGGAUCAGCCACGAGCACGCGCGCAGACUGGACGCGCUGUCGGCGUCGGACGAGUUGGAUGGAGCUUGUGUGGCGGCCUUGGACCCGCCGCCCUUGCGGGCGGCGUCCAUGGCCGACUUCGAGAAAGCGAUCGAGCGGCUCUCGGCGAGCGUUGCGGAACAGGGGCCCGAGAUGGGGAAAGUUCAGGAGUGGAACGCGCAGUACGGCGAGGUCAAGGGGAAAAGGAACGCUGCGCCCAGCUCGCUAUAUUUGUAAGGAGUCUUAUGCCGC